UUUAUUCUUAAUAAUUGAAUAGUGUUUUGUCCAUAUUUCUCCAACUGUUUUUACACUCUUGUCAUGACAAGUUGAUUGUAUGUUUUCAUGGUAACACUUUACAAUAAGGUCUUAUUUGUUAACAUUAACAUGAAAUAAUAAUGAGCAAUACAUUUCUUAAUUUUUGAGCAAAACUUUUGAGCAAAUGAGCAUUACAUUUCUUAAUUUUUCUCAAAUAUUUAUUAAUUUUUGUUAAUGUUAGUUAAUAAAAAUACAGUUGUUCAUUGUUUGUUCAUGUUAGUUCACAGUGCAUUAACUAACAAAUACAACUUUGAUUUUAAGUGUUGAAAUUAACAUGAACUAAGAUUAAGUGCAGAUUGUUUUAUAGAUCAAAUUGCACAGCUAUAUGGGAAGACGAAAGACCUUCUGAAGGUCUUCAGUCAGUGCAUUGAUGCUGAGAAAAAUAAUGUAAAGACAAUGAAGAGUGUUCUUCUGAAUCUUCUGCUUUCAUACUCUGACUCUGAGAACCCUGAGGAAGCCGUGAGAAACCCUGUGGCAGCUUACAGACUCCUCAGACAAAUGAGAAAUGAUUUGAUAUUUAUUGUAAAACACAUUCAGCCGAAUCUUUAUCAGUGUGAAGAGUAUCAGGAUGAAUUGAACACAAAGCUCCUAGAGAUCCCACAGCUGAAGGAUGUGGUUGGUGCAGCUUCUGGACUGAUCAGACUGCAAGAGAUCUACAAACUCCACCCAGAAGACAUCACAAAGGAAACAUCUCUAAAUGGAGAUGAAGCCUAUCAUAUAGGGUUGGUCGCUUAUGAUGAGGGCAAAUUCCAGCAUGCCUUUCUCUGGUUUCUGUACAGUCUGGAAAGAUUAACAGAAUACUCAAACACAGAUGAGGAAGAGUUGCUCCAUUACCUUAGUUCCUCAGCCUAUCAUUUUGGCAGCCUACCUGUGGCAAUCUACUUCAAACAGCGGCUUGUAAAUCUAGAUCCAAGUAAUGAUGAAGUCAGAGUUCAGCUAAACUGGCUCCUUCACUUACAGAGCAACCCUGACAUAUUUACACUGAACACAGAGUCAAGUAACUAUGAGGCACUGUGCAGAGGAGAGGUUGACGAGAGGACCUCCAAGAGGCAGAGGGCGCUGUCCUGUAGGUACAGCACAGGUGGAGGAAACCCCAGACUGAUGUACGCACCAGUGAAAGAGGAAGUGGAGUGGGACGAGCCUCGCAUCAUCAGAUAUCAUGACAUUAUAUCAGACAGAGAGAUAGAGAUCCUGAAGAAUAUCUCCAGAUCUCAAGUGAAUAUCUGAAACACACACUAUUGAUAGUAUAUUUAAAAUGUCAUAUCUUGUUAAUGUUGAUGAUGUUUUAGUGUACUAUUCAAUGGGCUAAAGUAUGUGGACAUCCAUUUCAAAUGAGCAGGUUUAAAUAUCCCCUUAACUGACACAGGACAAGCCUUAAUGCAAUAAUUACAUUCACCCCCAUCCCCCCAAAAUACAGAGGCAGUUACUUAUUUUCAUGUAUAAAAAUGUGUAAAACAUUAAAAUGACUUUUUAUUAACUUGAUCUUAUUUAUACCCACCAUUAGAGUUGAUGAGUAAACCUUAAAGGGUUAG